AACAAUAAACGCCGGAUGUUCCGGGCUCAAAUACGGCGUUUCUGGGUUCAGCACUAUCACUAAGUGGAAUCAUGAGUGACGAGCAUUGCCGAUUGUGCUUGGAAAGAUGCUCAUCUGGGGAGCGCACCUCAAUCGAAGAUACAUCAUUCCGAGAAAUCGCUGCAGAUGUGUUCUCGUUUACGAUCGAAACUCUGCCCACGUUGCCGGAACUGGUAUGCAGUGCAUGCUCCGAUCGUAUGAGCGAUUUUCACGCGUACGCCAUGCAAGUGCGUACCAAUCAAGAGCUGCUCAUCAAACAGUCCACGAGCAAGGCUUCAAUGUUUGAGAUGGUUGAAUUGGAAACAUGCACUGCUGAACUGGCCGUGGAAAAAAAGGAAAGUGUAGAUGGGCGCAACGAUAAUCACGAUCCUUCCGAGGACCCUGACAAAACCCACAAAUCGGAGGAUGAUCUUAUACGCACGUACUAUGAUAUGAGGUGUGAGAUCUGUUCGGUUGAGCUCGAUACAUUCGCCAAACUGCAGCGGCACUUCAAAAAUGAACACAGCGAGCGUGGCUAUGUGCGGUGUUGCGAUAAGGUAUUGACAAAACGUUCGCAGGUUCUCGAGCAUAUCAGAAUGCACGAAGGAUCGUUACGUUGCAACCUGUGCCAGAAAAGCUACAAAUGCAACCGAACACUGGAGCUGCACAAGCUGAUCUACCACGCUAAGAAGGAAGACAAGCCAUUCAAAUGCGACAAGUGCCAUCAGGCCUAUCCGAGGCAACAUCUGCUUACUGCCCACCUGCAGCGGCAUGUGCAGGAGCAAUGCACGGUCUGCCGGAAGACGCUAUCGAACUAUCAGGCACUGAAAGUGCAUAUGGCCCAAAUGCAUGGGCAUGAUAACCAGCAGAUAUGUGCCACCUGCGGAAAACUGUUUCGCACGAAGCAGGCCAUGGAGAGGCACAUCAAGGAGCAUCGUGGGGAGCAAAGUAUUGAAAAGGUGCAGUGCCAUAUCUGCAGCAAGUGGUUCAAUGGGAAGAGCAAUGUGAAAAAGCACAUCCGCUACAUCCACGUAGAGCAGGGACAGGAGUUCCAGUGUGACAUCUGCCUGCACAAGUAUCCCAAUACCCGUGCCCUGAUUUACCACAAACAGCGGGUGCACGUGGAGGAAAAGUUCGGCUGUGAAUACUGUGGAAAGCGAUUUAAGCGAAAAAUAUAUCUCAAGGAACACAUCGCAUCGCACACGGGACAGCCGCUGUAUUCGUGUGAGGCUUGUGGGGCUACCUUCAACUCCAACGGUAACCUGUACGCUCACCGGCGUACCAAGCAUCUUACGGAACAGAGAGGGCGCAUACCGUCACAAACCGAACUGCAAGAGCAAAGAAUCAACGAGGCAGACAUUAGCAAAGAGCAAUAAGCUUACCGAUAAAGAAGUGACUAACUGAAUUUAGUAGUAAAAAUAGUGUACGAGAGUUUCAAAAACUGAACGAAAAUACAAACA